UUUUUUAGGUUCAUAAUUUUACUCUUCCUUUUUAUUCUUCCAAUUUGUAUUGCUAUAGCUAGUCGUGAUUCAUCAGCUCGUCAAGUACUUCGAUAUGGAUGGUCACCAAUUAUAUUUUCUAUGAUGAUUAGUAGCAGUGGUGGUUUUGUAUUGGAAAGAGCUGUAAUGAACUUUCAACAAAUGCCUCUUUAUCAACCUGUUAUGAAUGGCGUUGGUGGAAAUUUAGCAGCCGUUGCUGCUUCCAAACUUUCAACUUUUUAUCAUCAAUGUUCAACAAUUGGUACACUUCCAUUUGAUUGGACAAUAAAAAGAUUUUAUUCAUUUUCUCGUGCAUUUUUUUCUUCUGAUGAGGACAGUCGUUCAGCUCGCGUUUUUCUUCUACUUUGUGUUCCUGGACAUAUUUUCUUCAAUUGGGUAAUUUCUUCAUUACAUGUACAUACUGGUCAAUAUGUUCAAGGAUCGUUAUUCACUGCUUUAUAUUUGAGUGCUGCAUUGGCACAGGUGUGGUUUUAUUAAAAAUUUUUUUAUUUUUUUUUGUAAUUUAUGGGUUAGAGGAGAUUUGUGUUCUUUCUGGGUAUUUUUCUUCUAAUAUUUUUUUUGCUUUUUUUUCAUUUCUUAAAAAUUUUUCUUUAAUUUUUUCUUUUUUCUCUGUUUUUCGCCCUUAUCUCAACAUUUUCUUUUUUUUAUUUCCUUCUAUCAAAUUUAACAUUUC